GACUAAUGAAAAAGCGAUCCAAAAAGUGUAGGUGAAAAUUAUAAAGCUACAAAUUGUAAUUCAAUUACAAGAAAUACGUAUUAAAAUAUUUAGGAAAAAGUUACUUCAAGAGCCAAAAUAAUUGAGUGAGAAAAGUUUAUUAAAAGUGCAUUGAAAAUAAAAAACCCAACCCAAAGCAAAGAGGUCAGCAGUAAAAAAAAGAAAGCAACUACGCCAACGUCGACGAAGAUAAGUGCAAGAAGAAUAAGUAAAGGAGUGAACUAUAAGCAACAUUUUAAGAAAGGGCUGUAAAGCUUAUAUUUAAAAAAUGUCAUCCGGCGAGUUUGGUAAUCCCCUGCGCAAAUUUAAGCUUGUGUUCCUUGGCGAGCAGAGUGUCGGUAAGACUUCGCUGAUCACACGCUUCAUGUACGAUAGCUUCGACAAUACUUAUCAGGCGACAAUUGGUAUUGAUUUUCUUUCGAAAACUAUGUACCUUGAAGAUCGAACCGUGCGACUGCAAUUAUGGGAUACUGCCGGCCAAGAACGCUUUCGUUCACUUAUCCCCUCAUAUAUUCGCGACUCUACUGUAGCCGUUGUUGUCUACGAUAUAACAAAUACAAAUUCUUUCCACCAAACCUCCAAAUGGAUUGAUGACGUUCGCACGGAAAGAGGUAGUGACGUCAUUAUCAUGUUAGUAGGCAACAAGACAGACUUAUCGGACAAACGACAGGUGUCCACCGAAGAGGGUGAACGCAAAGCAAAAGAGCUGAAUGUGAUGUUUAUCGAGACGAGCGCGAAGGCCGGUUAUAAUGUGAAGCAGCUGUUUAGACGUGUAGCGGCUGCGUUGCCUGGAAUGGAUUCGACAGAAAAUAAACCCUCGGAAGAUAUGCAAGAGGUUGUGCUGAAAGAUUCACCAAAUGAAUCAAAGGAUCCCGAGGGUGGUUGUGCCUGCUGAAGAAUCAACGAAUGUAGUGAACGAUCUAAAAACAUAUUAAAAACAAUUAUAUAAUUAGCAGUCUAGAGCACUGAAUGGUAAUUUAACAGUAUGAAGAUGACGAUGUAGAAAAGUAUAAAAAGGCUUAAGAAGAGAUACACAAUUUUAUGUUUAAGUUUAUUUAUAACGUAAAUAAAACUAAAAUCGAUUAACUGAAUAAUCAAUUGAUCUUUAUGAUGGAUAGUAGGCGCAUAAAAGCAUUUAAUAUAUAUGAUUAAAUAUGAUAUCAUUAUAUUACAACUAGUACUGAAACGGUCUGAAGAACAAAUGCUGAAUUAGAUGCUGAAAUUGUCAAGCAUUUUUCAGCCGAGAACGAUUGGUAGUUGGUGGGAUUAGCUGAUAGUUUUGUGCUUACAGAGUAAAAGCACCAUUAAUACAACUAAGCAUUUGAAUAAUUGUGAAUCAUAAAAUUUCAUAAAUACAUACAUAUUUAUGUAGCUUAAGAUAUUGUGAAAUGAUCAUAAAAAUGCCAGCCUACUUAAAAGCAUAAUAUGCAAAUGCACCUUACACUUAUGAAGCAUAUAAAAUUGCUAGAAAUUCAAGAGCCAUAGCGCUCACGUACACCUACUUGAAAUGCAUUUGCAACUUCCAGAGAUACAAUUUUGCCGAGUGUGUAUUUUUAAGAAAAUUAUUUAACUUUUAUAUUUCGUUGCACAGACCUCGUUUUAUGGUAAACACACAAUUUGUAAACUUUAAAAGUCUUUGUUUUAAUAUCUGCCUACCUAAAAUUAUGCAUAAUCUUUCAAUCCUGAUGUCUGUAACUAUACUUAUGUAUAUGUUUUUAGUCAUAUAUAAUUUGAACUUGGCUUGGGUAAACUAACCAUAAA